CGCCUCUCCCCCUCCCAAGCCCCUGGGGGCCAAGCUCCUCCCUCGGCCUUCCGCUUCCGGGCCGCGCCGCUCCUCGUCCGGCCGAUCGGGGCGGGUCCGCUUCCUCUCGUUUUUUUGAUGAGAGCGAGGACGCAGCAGGCGCCCGGAGCCGUGGCUGAGCAGGAGGGUGGCCGGCCCGCCGCAGUGAAGCAUGGCGUACCAGCUGUACAGGAACACCACGCUGGGGAACAGCCUGCAGGAGAGCCUGGACGAGCUCAUACAGUCGCAGCAGAUCACUCCUCAGCUGGCCCUUCAGGUGUUACUUCAGUUUGAUAAAGCUAUCAAUUCAGCACUGGCACAACGAGUCCGGAACAGAGUCAAUUUCAGGGGGUCUCUGAAUACAUACAGGUUCUGUGACAACGUGUGGACAUUUGUACUGAAUGAUGUUGAGUUUAGGGAGGUCACUGAACUUGUGAAAGUGGAUAAAGUGAAAAUUGUAGCAUGUGAUGGAAAAAACACUGGUUCCAAUACUGCCGAAUGAAUAGAACUGUGGUUUGCCUGCAAUAUUUUCUGUUAAUAUGCAGCACUUUCUGGAGAGAAGCAUGGAAAGGGACUGUAUUCAUACUUGAUUCUUGUGAUGCAAAUGUGAGUUAAUCCAUACUAAGAAAGCAUCACAGAACAACAGUGGAAGAAAUACCUGUAGCAUUUCUUCAGUUCACCACAUGGGGCAUGAAGAACACGAUGUUACUUUUUAAAAAAAAAUACAACAGAUACUGUUGCCUUUUUUUGUUCAAAAUAAUUUCUCUAAUAAACUUUUAUUUAAAAACUUGUGAA